GCCCCAAUCCAAAUCACAUCGCAUCAACUGAGAAGAUCAAGAAAAAUGGAGUCCAAGCUGCAGUUCAUCUCUGCCUUCCUCCUCCUCUCCUGCCUCUGCAGCAGAGGUGAGGCUUUGUGCUCGCUGUCGGACCUGGUGGUGACGCAGACCACCGUGCCGGGGCAGCAGAUCGCCGGCGAGCCGGAGUACCACGUCACGGUGGAGAACCGCUGCAUCUGCACGCAAACCGGCGUCAAGCUGUCCUGCGCCGGCUUCGACUCCUCCCCGACGCGCGUCGACCCCAGCAUCAUCCGCCACGACGGCGGCGGCGGCGGCCCGGUGACCAACGGCCGGAGCGUGUCCUUCUACUACGCCGGCAAGACGAGGGUCAGCUUCACGCCCGUCUCCUCCACCGUCUCCUGCUCGUGAUCAUAUGAUCGAUCGUGAGCAGCAGCAGCUUGACAUAGAUCGAUUGCUGAUGAAUAAUUUCAGUUUUGUGUGUUUCUUGGUUUCUGAAUUGGCGUCCAUGAAAUGGAACGAAAUCGGUUUUGUCCUGAA